GAAGAAAUCUGCCGCCGAGCUCGUUCGGCGGAAAGGUCAAGGGGAUACAUAGCGGAGGGAAGAAAAAAAACAUCCCCUCCUAGAAGCGAGAGGAUGGCAGCGCGAUACGGAGAAAGAGAAGCGAACAGCACGGCGAGGUCGCGGGGUCUGUCUAAAUUUCGCGCAAUAGACUGGUUAUAUUUGUUUCGCGGACCGACGCACAAAACAAACACAGCUGCGUCACAAUUAGAGUGAGGUGGUCCUUGCUGAGCAGCGGGACGUUGUUGGGCGCCUAGUGCAGGAGCUACACUGCAGAAAAAUGACUUUCUAAAGAACGUCGCAAGGUAGCUCACAAAUGUUGCACCAGCGAUGAAAAUUGACACUGGAAUUAGGAUUGAGCUUGAGUUUCCCUGUUGCAGGUGCGGGGGCAGGCGCAGUGCAGCGUGCGGCAGCGCGCAGCGGCGGCCCGGGGCCGUGAGCAGCCGUGAGGUGGCGGCAUGCUGAACCGCAGCUUGUCGUCCCAGCGGCGGCGCCGCGCCUCCCGGAGCGCGGCGUCGUCGCCCAACCGGCUGGGAGCGCCGCCGGGGCCGACGGGCGCGUCCCGCAGCCCGCGCGGCUCCGUGUCCGCGGCCUCCGGCAUCUCGGCGCUGGGCGUGGCGGCGGGCUCGGGGGCGCCGACAGGGGCGGGCGCCGGCCGCCGGGCCAGCGUGUCGGCCGGCGCCCUGGAGGCGCUGGCGGGCCACGCCGACCUGCCCACCAUCAGCAAGACAAGCCCCCGCGGCACGCCGGGCGCCACGACGCCGGCCGGCACCCCGGGUGUGGACGGCGCCGUCAGCCCGCGCGGCUCUAGGAACGCCCUGGACGUCAUGGACAGCGGCGGCGAAUACGACCGCGGCUACCGCAAGCAGAGCAUCGCGCCCGAGCUGCUGUCGGGCGAGGUGAGCGCGCCGCGGUCGCGCAACACGCUGGCCCCGGACAAGUCCCGGUCGCCGCGCCACAGCCUGGCCCCCGAGGCCGCCUCCGACUACACGCGCCGCUCCAGCCUGGCGCCCGACUACAAUCGCAGCCCCAGGGGGUCGCUCGCGCCGUCCGACUUCAACCGGAGCCCCCGCAACAGCCUGGUGCCGGAGUACGGCAGCGCGCGCAGCCCCCGGAACAGUCUGUGCCCGGAGGGGGCAGGGCGCAGCCCGCGCCACAGCCUCGUGCCCCAAGACUGCGAGCAGAGCUACAACCGGAGCCCGCGACCAAGCAUGGUGCACGAGCGAGACGUGGAGUACGUGAGCAGCCGGCGCGAACGAGACCGAGACCGAGACCGAGACCGAGACCGAGAUCGAGAUCGAGACCGUGAUCGAGACCGUGAUCGCGACCGUGAACGCGAUCGAGACCGAGACCGAGAUCGAGACCGUGACCGAGACCGUGAUACAGACUACAGCCGGAGCCCACGGCCCAGUCUCGUGCCGCCCGACGAGCCCGGACUGGGCGCGGGCCGGUCCCCGAGGCCCAGCCUCAUCCCCUCCGACGUAGAGUUCAACCGCUCGCCCAGGUCCAGCCUGGUGCCCGAGCAGGCUGCGGGCGAGUACAACCGCUCCCCGCGGCCCAGCCUCAUCCCCGCCGACGUGGAGUUCAACCGGUCGCCGCGGGCGAGCCUCGUCCCGGACAGCGACUCUCGCGGCGACUUGCGCACGAGCCCGAGGGGGAGCAUCGGCGGCCUCGGCGGCUCCGGCGAGCAGGGCCGCUCCCCGCGCGGCUCGUACGUCCUGGAGAUGGGCCGGUCACCACGGGGCAGCCUCGGUGGCGCCGGGGACCCCAUGGCCUCGCCGUACAACCGCAGCCCUAGGGGCUCGCUCGGCGCCGACCUCAACCGCAGUCCCAGGAACUCCCUGUCGCCUAGGGGCAGCCUCACGGGCCGCGGCAGCGUGGACCUCGCCGUGGCGGGUGAGUUUCACUAGCAAUCGCUGGACUGCCAGCUCCUGGCCAGGCUGACCUUUCCUGCAGCAGCAUUGAUAUUCACGAGGGCUUGCCGCGUAUGGGACUUCGUCGCGGCGGAUUUAUGCGCCGGUCCGCUCCUCUGGGGGCGCUGAGACUUCCUCAGCCUCGCUGUAGCAACCCUCCCCCUACUUCGGUUGUUCAUUUGUCAUGGCACCACGCACAAUCCUCACACCCCGACGGAUCGCAUUCAAGAACUGGUUCAGUUUUUGAGCUUCCAUUCUACG